CUCCUCCUCGUCCUCCGCCGUCGCCGCCGCCCUCGGGAGCGGCCGGGCCCGGUGAAGGAGGCGGCGAGGAGGGGCGGCGGCGGCCGCCGCGCCCUCCCCCAUGGCGAAGAAAACCUACGACCUGCUCUUCAAGCUGCUGCUCAUCGGGGACUCGGGGGUCGGCAAGACCUGCGUCCUCUUCCGCUUCUCCGACGAUGCCUUCAACACCACCUUCAUCUCCACCAUUGGGAUAGACUUCAAGAUUAAAACUGUUGAAUUGCAAGGAAAGAAGAUCAAGCUACAGAUCUGGGACACGGCGGGGCAGGAGCGCUUCCACACCAUCACCACCUCCUACUACCGAGGGGCCAUGGGCAUCAUGCUGGUGUACGACAUCACCAACGCCAAGAGCUUCGAGAACAUCAGCAAGUGGCUCAGGAACAUCGACGAGCACGCCAACGAGGAUGUGGAGAGGAUGCUGUUAGGAAACAAGUGUGACAUGGAAGAUAAAAGAGUUGUCCCUAAAGCAAAAGGUGAACAGAUUGCCAGGGAGCACGGUAUUAGGUUUUUUGAAACUAGUGCAAAAGCAAAUAUAAACAUUGAGAAGGCAUUCCUCACAUUAGCAGAAGACAUUCUUCGAAAGUGGAAUUUUCUGUCAUGGAUCAUGUGCUUGAGUCGCCAUAUUUCUCUAGAAGCAUCAGGCAAGAGCCAGGAAAAACUCAUUUCGCCUUGAGUCCGUGAGUGGGGUUUCUUUGUCCUGUGCCUUAUGUGGAAAAAGGAACUUUUAUUUUCACUUUCUUUUCUCUUUUCUGGUGGAAGCAUGUGCAGGAGACAUCCCAUCCCCCCGUGCCAUUGAGUCCUGACCUCUGUAGUGGUUGCUUUUCUGUAACGUUGGUGUCAUGCAUCGAGGACAAAGGGUGGUGCAAAACAAAAGCAAACUCCCUGUAACCUGCUGUGUCUCCUCUUGGCAAUUCCCGUUCCCAACUCUUCCUGCUGCCAUUUUUUUUUUCUCACUUUGCUGCUCUUUCCUUUUUUUUUUCCUCUUUUUCUUCUUUUUUUCUUUCUUUUUUUUUUUUUUUUUGCCUGCAUGCUGCUUUGAUUUGCAUUUCUCCAUGGUGUGAUGUGUUAAUGGAAAGGAUGGCAACGCGGUGUGUUUGCCAAAAAAUUUAAUACAAAGCACUGAUUUAGCUUCCGAGGUAAAAAAUGUUGAGAUUCCUACUAACCCCCCUAGGCCUGUCCGUCACUAGUGAUCCCCUCCUCCCUCCCUUUCCCAUAUGGAAGAGUUAUUUGCAUGCACUAGUUUCUAUGGAGGGUGAUGUGGUUGUCUUCUUUCUGUGUAUGAAUAUAACCUGGAUCCCCAAACUGACAGUUCAGCACUUCAUUAACACAGAGCUCAUUAAGAGAGCUCCCAGCUCCUGUCCCCGCCCGCCGCCCCCGGGGCUGCGGGGCUGAGCGAAACCGGAUGGAAAGGGAAGGAAAGGAAACAAAAAAAAACCAACCAGGAGGCAGUUUAAUUUAUUACCUCCCUGGAAACCUUCCACUUUUGCAAUGUCCACAGCCAGAUCCCGGCGGGCAAUGCCAGCCCGGGAUAGAUGGGUGGAUGGAUGGAUGGAUGGAUGGAUG